CAGUUGCGAGCGGCUGCAGGCAGCUUCAUUUUGGCCGGAUCGGUGUGAAGGCUGGUGGGGAGGGAGACGGGGCGGCAGCGGGCUGGAAAGCAUACCUUAUCCCAUCCUAGGACCAUCUGAACACCCUCGCCUGCCAACCCUCCUCCUCCCUUCCCCUCCUCCUCCUCCUCUUUUUUAACCCACCCUGCACACCGAUAAAAAACUGACAGAAACAAAAAAAAACUAGACCCUUCCCGCCUCCCAGAGAAUAAUGACAAUGUGAUUCCAGUGGAUUGGAGCUGAGUUUUAUUUUAAUUUUAAAUCCAUUCCCCUGAUGUGUCUGAGGUGCUGGGCGAGAAGCGGCGAUUUGCUUCAUUUCCCUCACUCACCCCCUUCCCCCUCCACCCCCUUCUUCACUUGAUAAAUCGCUGUUAUAUUUAUUUUAAAUUUCUCUUCAUUCACCCCGGUCCCCCCCCCCCCUCCCCUCUCACCCUCCUGGAAAGACAGGAAAAAAAUUUGAGAAAGCGCCGCCUGUGGAGUCGACAGAUUGAUAUGUGUUGAAAAGGUGCUGUUACAGUGGAAUCCUGCAUGUUUUAAUUUUGGCAACCGAGUUAUCCAAAAUUCAGCAAUAAAAGAACCAUUAACAUGGCCAAAGAUAUUGGGAUCCUAGAAAGUAAUGGCGAAAUCAAAGUUUUCACAGAUCAGAAUGUUAGUCCAGCAAAAAUUGCAUUAGUGACAGUAGCAUCUUCGCAUCUCACCACCCCAGGGAAACAAAUUUUGCCAAAAACACUGGGGCUAUCAAAUGUUAGUAACGCUCCUCAGAUGAUAAUUAGUACACCUCAACGGACACCGACAACACCUACUGUUCUAGUGGGAAGCCCCCAUGGUCCUAAUAUACACAUGUUAACUCAGGGUGAGGCAUCAGACUCUUCUCCAUGGAGUACAGGUAAAAGGAAUAAAAAGGGUGAAAAAAAUGGCAAAGGACUACGACAUUUCUCAAUGAAGGUCUGUGAGAAGGUGCAGCAGAAAGGAACAACCACCUACAAUGAAGUGGCAGAUGAGCUUGUGGCAGAAUUCAGUAACACCAAUAACCAAGAAUCUGGCUCUGAUGAAGGCUAUGAUCAAAAGAAUAUAAGACGUCGUGUAUAUGAUGCUUUGAAUGUGCUCAUGGCAAUGAAUAUCAUCUCCAAAGAGAAGAAGGAAAUCAAGUGGAUAGGACUUCCUACAAACUCAGCUCAAGAAUGCCAGAAUCUAGAGAUGGAGAAAAGAAAGAAAAUGGAAAUGAUUAAACAGAAACAAUCGCAACUUAAGGAGUUGCUACUGCAGCAAAUUGCCUUUAAGAACCUGGUUCAGCGAAAUCGCCUUGUAGAACAACAGUCUGGGAGGGUUCCUCCUCCUAAUACUGCCAUUCAACUGCCAUUCAUUUUAGUCAACACCAGCAAAAAAACAAUCAUAGACUGCAGCAUCUCUCCUGACAAGUUUGAAUAUUUUUUUAAUUUUGAUAAUACAUUUGAAAUCCAUGAUGACAUUGAAAUUCUUAAGAGAAUGCGAAUGGCUUUUGGAUUGGAGUCUGGCGGCUGUUCUGCUGAUGAAUUGAAGAUGGCUAAGAGUCUAGUACCCCACGUGCUGGAACCAUAUGUCAUAGAAAUGGCUAAAGUAGUGCAAAAUGUUAACUCAGGCCCAAGUUCAGUAGCAGCAUCUACAUCUUCAACAAGCUUCCAAUCUAGCAGAGCAUUUGGUGCCAGUGAUGAAAUAGCCUUACCAACUGAUACCGAAGUGGCCUUAGUGACCAGUCAAGCACAAGGAAGUUUCAAUGGUACACAUUGUUCCGAUCCCAGAAUGGAGACUCCUACGUCUUAUAUUGAAGAUGAUGAUGAUGAUGAUGAUGAAGAGGAAUAUGAAUGAAUUAAUAAUCAUUCUGCAUUUCUUCCGGUUUUCUGUUGCUUAAAAUGGCAUCUCUGAAAAGAACUGUCUCAUGAGACAGAGACUUUAAAAGAAUUGUUAUUUUGACUUGUGAGGGGUUUAACUUAAUUCUAUUCUCUUCUAAUUUAAACAUCAAAAACUUUGAAUACAGAACUGUAGAGAGAACUUUUUUGAAUUUAUGAGCAACUGUUGAAAUUUUAAAGAAGUUUUCGCUUCUCUGUUGAGGAUCUACAAUGUGUUUUCUAAUUGCACCAAGUGCAGCUAUAAAAAGCUACUGUUUGUUCAAUUAUAUCUUAAGGCACUAUCACAGUAACAUCUCUGGCUUCACUGCCUGGUACUGAUGUUUACAUGUUGUGAUCUUGCUAUUCUCAGCUGAGCUGGUGUAGCACUUUACAGAUAUGUCCCAUUUCAGGGGUGAAAGAAAUGGAGUUGUAAUCUCCUCCUGCUACAAGUUCAUGUGUGCUGUUGAUCACCAAAAGGCAUUGAAAAUGGUCACAGAUGGGUCAGUGAUUUGAUGUAUCUCAUCAGCUGAGAGAUGAUGUUUUGAAUAAAUAGUUGAGCUAACUAAUAAAGAAGAGUUUAAAAAUUUGCUAGUGCAGAAGGAGAAACUGUUUGAAGUGUUACAUGUAAUUUUAAAGCUUUUUGCUGCUGCCAGAAAACUUUGUAAAAGGCAAUCUGUGAUUGGUGUAAUAGAAUUUCUGGUACUAGGUCAAAUACACAGUGCACCAUAUAGUUCUAUUUAGUAUGCUUCUGAAACAGCAGUAAUGUAUGAAGUACUUCUUAAAGUUUAACUUCACAUUUUCAAACACAAAUAUAGUGGUGUAUUCACUGAUCAGAUGCAGAUCUUUUUACCCAUCUUAUCUUUGUAACCACCUACAAAUAAACGCUGAACAAAG